AUGGCGGAAGAAUCACAUCGGAAUGAAAGUACCAUUCCACCUUAUUCUACAGAUUCAUUUGCUACAUCGGACUUGAGGAUACCGGCUUCGAUCCCAUACACUGAAUACCUCAAACUUCAAGAGCAGUUAGAAGAUGUAAUAGCCCAGUUCAUGGCUUUCUACAAAGAGCAUAACCGAUCAGCACCAUUUCCUUCCUCUUCCGCAAAUCCAGAUACUCAACCACCAUUGUCAGGAACCUCACCCGCUAGCAUGCCUCCCAAUGCAUCAACCCCUAAUACCACUUUAACACCCCCUUCCUUUACAUUCACCGCUUCAUCUCAACAACCCUCACCUCAAUCAUCUUUCAACUUUGCACCUCCGCCUUCACCAGUCUUUAGUUUCUCAGAACAACCGUAUCAUCAGCUCUCUUCUCAACCGACCUUUAUUGAACAAUCUAACCAUCAAACCCCAUGUCAACCCACCUUUAGCUUUCCAGGGCAGGCCUAUACUCGACCCUCAUGGGAAGAGUUGCUCGCAAACUCAUUUGAAGAUCUUCUGUGGGGAUAUGUUUCAAUACAGGGACCCGGUCAUGCCACUGACCAUUGCUGGCCUUUAAAAUAUUCCAUUCAAGACUUGAUCGAUCAGAACCUGAUUCCAUUUAAUCUGGUGCUUGAUCGUCCUACUCAGCCAGGCAUGGGAAUAACACAAAACCCUCUACCCGACCAUAGAGCUGGUACUAGUUCAUCCAUUAUCAUCAUAGAAUGUGGAGAAGAGAAUUUUGUUGAUCCCAAAGAAGUCAUAGACCCAAUAAAGGACCUCAUCAUCCCAAGCCAUCCAGUGGGUCAGCUUGACACCUUUGUCCUCACCAUAGAACCCAGAAGGCCUCCCAUCAUUAUUUCUUACCCUUUGUAUGGAAAUCAAUACUUCCCAACAACACUCCAUCGCCCACCUCUUAGACCCUUUAACUUUCCACCCCAAAACCCUUCUUUCCUCCCUUUGAAAUUUGUUUACCAAGACACUGACCGGGUCCCUAAAAAUUACUUGGUGGGGCCUAUGGUAGCUCAUAUGCAAGGUCCCUUCGAAGGAGAAGGCAGGGCCCUACUACGGCUAGGAAGGAUUAUGCCUUCAAAGGCUGACAAAGGAAAAGCAAAGGUAGGGGAGACAUCAGAGGAAGUUAGGUCAAAGGAAAAGGAAGCAAGAGAGGAGGAUGAACUUCGAAGAGCUAUUGAGAAGUCCAGAUACAAUGUGGUGGACCAAUUGGCAAAAGUACCUACCCAGAUAUCUAUUCUUAGACUUCUCCUCACUUUUGAGCACCAUCGUUUACAGAUCAUGGAAGUAUUUCGGAGGGCUCACGUCUUUCCUAGUAUUCAACUAGAAAAGUUGGCACAGAUGGUUAGUAUGAUUCUGGUACCCAGGACCUUCACUUUCUCUGACGAUAAGAUCCCUACAGAURGCACAUCUCAUAAUUUACCAUUGUGCAUCACAGUGCCAUACGAUUUCAGUGUUGAGUUAGAUUUUGCUCUCAUGGGUAUUGAACAAGAGGAUCCUGAUGAGGAGGUUCCGAAGGAACUUCUUGAUCAAGUUGAGCGGAUUGAAGAGAAUAAGCCAAAAGCCGAAUCUGAGAUAGUAAACCUGGGUACUGAGGAUGAACCAAGAGAAGCAAUUAAAGGUCAGGCUAUAGCAGGUUAUUUGGUAGGAAGCCCUUCCACUGGUUACGAUGCUUUGGUGACAAAUUUUCCAGAUGAAUCCAUCUUAGAGGAUAAUGUUGAACCCAUUGACUUGUAUAAGGAUAUGGAACCUGCAUAUAGGCGUAAAGUAUACACCUUCACGGUAGACGAAGAAGAGCUUUUUGGGAAACUGUGGUUCUAUGACAUUAAGAUUUUUUAG